GGGCGCGCCCCAGCGGUUAUGCCCGCAGUCCGCACCUUCAUCACCUUCGCUCCGCAGUUAGGUUUCCCUCCUCGGCUUGUAUGUAUCGGUUCCAAGUCACCCCUCACGGCCCAUCAACAACCCGAAAUCACCUCUCACAGUCACCGCUGGCUCAUCCCGUCCACUCGCAUACAAAAUGAGUUACGUCGCUAAAGGUGGUGAAAAGGAUUACGAGGCGGGCGGUUUACCCCCACCCAAGUCACACCGAAUCCGUAUCACUUUAACCAGCAAGAACGUCAAGGCUCUCGAGAAAGUUUGCUUCGACUUGGUUAGCCGAGCGAAAGACAAGGAUCUACGUGUCAAGGGUCCCGUCCGUCUUCCUACCAAACGACUUAGCAUUACCACCCGAAAAACUCCUUGUGGUGAAGGUUCCAAGACCUGGGAUCGAUUUGAAAUGAAGAUCCACAAGCGAUUGAUUGAUCUUCAAAGUCCAGCAGAGACCGUCAAACAAAUCACCUCCAUGUCGAUUGAGCCCGGAGUUGAGGUUGAAGUUACCAUCGCUGCCUAAAUAUCAAGCUUCGAGUUGCAUGUUACCUCCUCAACACCCGUUGAUUGUUGGCCAAGACCUGCCAUCAGCAAUGCACACGUAACCUUCAUCUCGUGCCCUUUCCUGAGAACCAAGUCCCUCCGCACCAUCUCGCAACCUACACAGCCAAAAUCCCUGAGAAAAUUAGUGAAUAUAGAAAUUGGGUAAUUCCCAGAUGGCAAGAAAGACAGAACAACUGUGCCACAGAAGCAGUGUCUUCUUCGAGCCAAGGCAGGGUGUCGCGAGACCAUUGUAGGGUGUCUGUCUGUGUCAGCGACUCAGCCUGAAGAUGGAAC